CAGGGGGAAAAAAAGCAUUACUUUAUUGCAAGAAGAAAAGAAAGAACUGUUAAAUCUCCGGUACGAACGCAGAGUUAAAGCAGAUCAAGGACGGUGGGGUGGUAAAAUGCGUGAUCUACAGAGUUUUGCAGAGGUUGUGGAGAUGGAAUGUGAUUGGAAAGCAAGAACCUUGUGUGAAUUCUAAGCUUGGAAUCGUCUCAGAAAGGCAAGUCAGACACAGCUAACUAGGUCACUUCUCUCUCUAUAUAUAUGUCUCUCUCUCUCUCUCUCUCUCUCUCUGGGGGAGACAUUGACGCUAUUAUAUUCUUCUUCUGCGUCUUUACUCACCUUGUUGCCUCUUCACAUUCUCUCUUCUCUCUCAGACUCUCCUCCUCUGCACUAUACAGCAACACCAGAGAGAGAGGGAAAAGGAGAGAGCGAGCGUCUCCACCGAUCGACCACUUACUAGCACUGUGUCACUACACGACAGAGCCCAUUUGCUUCGAAACGCCAUCGACAGGAGAAAAAAAUUCAAAGUCGCCGGAUUUUUUCUGUUUGUCUUGUUUCCCCAUCUCCGAAUAUGGCCUUGUUUCUUGUUCCCCACUUCUCACUUUCUUGUCCUCUCGCAUCUCUGUCUCGGUUUGUUGGCUAAUCUUUCUGCCCCCUUUUAAAUUUUCCAUUUUGCUGCUUGAGAGCCCGGGGUUUUUGCUACUCGGGUCAUGGAAGCUCUCUGUGAUCUUCAAGUGGACGUCAAUGGCGAAGAGACUUUUAUGGUGAACAAGAAAAUCCUCUCUUCGUAUUCAGGAAGAUUGGGCAAAUUGUUCAGCAAAUCAAGCUGCUCUACUGGGAACCUGAAAGUGAUAUUCAAUGACUUUCCAGGGGGAGCAGAGAGCUUUGAGCUCGUGUGCAGGUUCUGUUACAACAGGAGCAAGACCGAAAUAACUCCUCUCAACGCGACCCUCUUGAGUUGUGCUGCGAAUUUCAUGGAGAUGAGCAAUUCUAUCUCGGGACACAGUAACUUAAUUGAACAAACCGAGAAAUCUCUUGAAGAGAUCAGACAUUGGACCUGGUCUGAACUUAUGGUUGCACUCAGGCAGUGCCAAAAUUCUUUUCCAGUGGCGAGUAAAUCAGGCCUCCUCGAAAGAUGCUUGGAUUCUGUCACUACGAGAUUGGCAUUGGCGAGUGAACGGAGUCCAAGUCCGUCGACUUCUUCGUCGGAUUAUUCCGGGGUUCGGUUCUCGUGUGAAACAAAGAGCACGGAGAGUUUGAAGAGCAGCUUCUCCCGAGCAAAUUGGUGGUUUGAAGAUCUCUUAGUCAUAGAUGUGAGUUUGCUCGUGAUGAUGGUUGGGUCCAUGAUCAAGCAAAAAGUCGAACACGCUGCAAUUAGUAAGUUCCUCUUCUUUUACCAGAAAUCCAAGUUCCACACUGCCAUGUCUCAUGAGAAGUGCAAAAUCAUGGAAACGGUGGUCGAUUUGCUCCAUAGUCUGGAGCCAAGUUCCGUCCCUUGCAAAAGCUUAUUUGGGAUUCUGAGAGUCGCACUGGGUUUGAACAUAAGCAAAGGUAGCCGAAACAAGUUAGAGAUUAUGAUCGCCUCUCAGAUUGAUCAAGCGACAUUGGACAAUUUGCUUGUUCCAUCUCCUCAAGGAACGAACUCUUUGUAUGACACAAAUCUUGUAGUAAGGCUAGUGAAAGCAUUUCUGAAGGAAGGAACUAGUGGAGUGCCUGAAGUGCAGUUGAAGAAAGUGGCUAACUUAAUGGAUCUGUACAUAGCUGAAGUAGCGCCUGAUCCGUAUCUGAAACCUUCGAAGUUCCUCGCUUUGGCUACGGUCCUUCCUGAUUCUGCUCGAGACUCGUUCGACUGCAUGUAUCAUGCUGUGGACAUGUACAUGGAGGUGCAUGCGGGAUUGUCUGAAGAAGAAAAGAUCAAGAUCUGCCGUGCCUUGAAUUAUCGGAAGCUCUCAGCCGAAGCUUGCAAACAUCUUUCAGAGAAUUCAAAUUUCCCAUCCAAGAUUAUCAUGCAAGCUCUAAAUUCUCAAGAAUUCAGGCUCAAAAGCUUGAUCCGGGUGUCCAGCAACACUAGUGCCUUCACCAGUUCACCUUGUAGUUUCAGUGGCAACAUCAAGAAAGACGAGGCAGGCGAACAGAUAGUACUCUAUGCAGGGGACCUCGAUCUUUCGACCGAUAAUGUGAGGCUUAGGGCUCAAUUGCAAGGGAUGCAAUCGAGAGUGACAGAAUUAGAGAAACUUUGCCGGAAAAUGCAGACUCAAAUGGCCAAGGUACUCAGAUCGAGAGUGUCGUCAAGCCACAGAAGCAGAUCUUUACCGAGGCUUUGCUCGUGAUAAUACUAGGCAAAUAACUUAUGAAUCUUCUGUUUUCUUAGAUAUUUGUGAGGGUUGUAUAGCGAGAGCAAUGUGUCCUUAUGCUUGCUUGCUUUUUUUUUUCCCUUGCCCACCUUCUCUUUUUGUGCAAAUUGAGCUUGAGGUCAAUGGUGAGUUGUUUCUUUUGCAAGAGAUUCAGAUCAUGGUUGUACAGCAACAGGGAAGAGGAAAGAGAGCUUGCAUUUUUGCAGACAAAAAGCAUGGAAUGUAUUAGCACAUGCAUGCCCCGAGUGUCA